AUGACUUCUCCAAUUAUUCCUUCUAUCUCAGCCUCCAUUUGGGGCGUAAAGCGCCCCCGAGAGCCUGACACCGUAGAGGGCACACGUUCAAAGGAUGGCCACAAUCAGGUCCCUAGAUUCAAACGCCGACGCCAUUCGGGCGAGUUCGAUCCAAAGACCUACUUUUGCCCGCGUCCACCCGCCGCCAACUUACCUGACACCCGAACAGCCCAAGGCGAUACCGACCCUACCUCCUCUGAAUCCAGUUCUUGCGCAUUUAAACCACGUAUACUCAGCAGGUUCAAAGGAAAUGCCACAUUUCCCGAUCCAACGUACAGCGACGCCUUACUCGGCACACGAACGAACGCCGAUGAAUCUGUCGAAUUCGUCGACGGAAUACCAAAACACAGCACCUUUUAUUACCCUCACGGAGAUCUCAUCAUCAAAACCAAAGAAUAUAUCUUUCGAAUCCACCGCGCGAUGUUGUGGGAAAUGCGGUUCUUUCACGACAUGUGGUACGAAGAGAUAGGCGAGAGGACGGUGGUAGGGAGCAAGGGAAUUACGAAGAUCGAUGGGGUUGACGCUUACGAGGAUCCAGAUUCUGAGGCAUGGCAUUAUAUGUGCUACAUUUUCUACAAACCAGACGCCACAUACCCCGAACUGUUUACCGUUGACCUCAUCGCCCUCUACCUCAAGAUAUCACGCAAAUAUGGCUACUCCUCCAUGCGCUCUGUCGCCGUCUGUGCUCUCUCUCACUUCGCCCCCUCUAAGCUCGAAUCGUACAACACUCGCCACUUUUGCUCUCCACCCCGCGCUUUUCCAUUAGAGAGGGACCCACUCACAGACGAUGACGAAUAUGACUAUGAGGAAGAUGAAAAGACGGAAAGAGGCUCCCAGGCAACUACAGAAUCUGGCUCUGAUCCGGAUCGGGACAAAAAGUCAGAUUCAGACGCCGAUGCGGAAGGAGAGACGGACUCAGAUUCAGACGCUGAUGCGGAAGGAGAGACGGACUCAGAGAUUGCUGACGACAAGGAAGCAACCCCAGAGCCUGAAAGAGAUUAUUUCAGUGAAGACUCGGGAUCAUCCCUCUCAGGCCAGUCAGAACUCGAACGCAACCACGAACUCCAGCCAGCCGACCGCAUCUUUGCUCUCCAGCUCUGUCUCGAGUUCGAUAUCCCCGAACUACUUCCCAUGGCGAGCUAUCUGUGCGCGCAGCUGCCUAUAAAGGACAUACUCUGUGGUGCACGAAGGAGGAGGUUAGCGAGAGUGCGGACGAGAUCGGACGAUACGCAGCGAGACUGGGACUCGACGGGACCCUUGUUUCGAUUAGACCCUGCGCAGGCGAUCACGAUCUUAAAAGGCAGGGAGGCGCUGAUGCACGUCCGCAGAGACUUCAUGUUCUCGCCCUUCGCUCACCACAAAGACGACGACAGGCUUUCUGUAGUCGGGCCGCUCGAACAAAAAAGCCUCGAAACCCCACUGUCACUCGGAUGCGACAAGCAAGUAAGAGGCCCACGAUACGGAUCUAGCGACCGCUACACUUGCAUUGAGUUCCUCGUCCUCUUCUGUCGCAUGCUCGGAGACAAGGACAGCUCUAUGUUUUCGAAGGACAACAGUCGGCGGUUGCGUGCGUUGGACCUGUUACCAGACGAGAUCUUCACGAACUAUCUUUCGAAACAUAUCUGUCCUUCAUGUCUCGGGGGUUUCAAAUCGGAGAUGCACGCGCAACAGAGAAGGAUAUGGAGGUACAUCCCCAACGCCUUUGGAUUGGGAAGUUGGUUCCAUCUGGAAGAGAGGGCGAGACAGAGGUGGGAGGCGCUGAGUGGAUGGACGAGAGAAGCUGCACGUAGUAUCGUCGCCCGUGCGAAUAAAGCUGCUGGUGAGGAACAGCCGUGUGAUGGGUUGCGGGAUGCAGGCUGCGGGGUAAAACAGAAGAAGAGGGAGCAGGCAGAAAAGCAGGCAGUGUUAGAGUACUUGGCAGAAGACGGGGUGCCAUGGACGAAAACAUUUGUGGAGUGGUCAGAGAAGAGGAGAGCGGAUGAGGCAACGGAAGCUGACGAGGAUCUGGAGCCUCAAAAUCAGGUCGUUGAUCUCCGGACCUACAUUCCCUUCUCACUAGUCCCACAAGGCCCUUGA